CGGGAGGCCGACCAGUAGGCGGCUGGGGGGUAGCGUGUGGCAGGGCCCGCUGAGGAUAGGGCGGAGAGAAGCGGUCUCCAGGUGGAGGGGGCACGGAGAGGCGGACCCGGGCGUGUGGAACGGGCUGGGCCUCGUGGAGUGAAACAGCCUUGUGUGCGGAGUGGGGCGGCCGGUGGUUGGCCUUGAUAGAAUGAUGGCGUUGACAGAUCCGGGCUUGUGAGCUCGGGGUUGCAGGAGCCAAAGGAGUGCCGGGUCCAUAGUACCUGUCCCAGUGGUCACCUAUUAAGCUAGACCCCAAACCGUGCCUCUUGACACCCCUCUGGAGCUGAUCCAGGCCGCCCUGCGGACCCAGGAGUGCCAGACAACGCGUGGGGCAGGCAUCCAAACUGAGCCGUCCACGCCCCACCACGGUUCAGAAAUGUGGUCCUCAGCCUCUCCAAGCCUGUUUCCUUCUCUGUGAAAUGGGGAUGAUUUGAGAGGUCUGUUUGACAAACCAGUUGGGUGGAGGAGUGAGAGAGGCAAUGGAUCCAGAGUUCCUGCCUCUGGGAAUUUGUGGCUAGCUGUGAGGAUUCUGCGGGUGGACGGAUAGCCUUUGGCAGCAAGUAAUAGGGACACCAGAAGUUUAUAUAAACCACCAGGUGACUUUUCCUAGUAAUACAAUGUUACAAUGUGAUGUCUCACAAGACUUGAGCCACUCAAGGGCCUAUCUAGUCCUUGUAGUUCUCUCUGGAUGCUCAUCCCUUUCCUGCUGGUGUUUUUCUGCUUCCUUCCCUCCUGCUGGAGGGGGCAGUGAGGCUUCUGCCAUACAUUAGCUCUGGUUAACUUUGCUUUGGUCAAGGGUUUGCCCCUGCUCAGUCAGCCAUGGCCAAGGAGGUCAUUCAGAUUCUGGGAGAUAAGUUUCCAUGCACUUUGGUGGCACAGAAAAUUGACCUGCCAGAGUACCAGGGAGAGCCUGAUGAGAUUUCCAUACAGAAGUGUCAGGAGGCAGCUCGCCAGGUGCAGGGGCCCGUACUGGUGGAGGACACCUGUCUGUGCUUCAACGCCCUUGGGGGCCUCCCUGGCCCCUACAUGGCUCUACUCCCUGGGGAGUGCAGCCCAGAGAAGAUGGUGGGAAGCUCCAGCUGCUCCUGUUGUCUGAUUCACCUUCGUUUCUCUUGCAGAAAGUGGUUUCUGGAGAAGUUAAAGCCUGAAGGUCUCCACCAGCUCCUGGCUGGGUUUGAGGACAAGUCAGCCUAUGCGCUCUGCACGUUUGCACUCAGCACCGGGGACCCCAGCGAGCCAGUGCGCCUGUUCAGGGGCCGGACCUCGGGCCGGAUUGUGGUGCCCCGAGGCUGCCGGGACUUCGGCUGGGAUCCUUGUUUUCAGCCUGAUGGAUACGAGCAGACGUACGCAGAGAUGCCCAAAGCUGAGAAGAACACCAUCUCCCAUCGCUUCCGGGCCCUGCUUGAGCUGCAGAAAUACUUUGGCAGCCUGAGUCCUCCGGUAGCCGGUGACAGUCGCCCUGGCGGGGGAUCUGGGGAAAGCUAGCCCGAAACCUCCCCCAUCAGGCACCCCUCCAAGUACUUCCUUCAGGGUUCCCACUUGCUAGGGGUGUUGAGACCACCUCACCAGCCCUGCUUGGAGGAGCAGCUGGCUCUGCUUGGAGAAACUUUGGGCAGGGACACCAUUUUCUUGCCCUCAGGGAUUCAGUGGUCCCUCCUGCAGCCCCUGGCUUAGGAUCCUAAAAGGACCUUGGAUGGUAUCCUGGCCACAUCAGGAUGGAGGUUUCGGGAAGAACCACACAAAUAGCCCUAGAUGUGUAAAAAAUGCAACAAGAGUACUGGAGGACACUUGUCUGCAAAAUAAACGAUACGUCCAUUUUGAAA